AUGAGUAACAGCACAGCGGGCCACCUUCAACAGGAUGGCGGACACAUGAGCAAUAAGCGCGAGGCGGCAGAGGUGGAUGCAGAGAUGCAGCCGGCGACAAAGCAGCUACGGGCGCCGCAGUACAACUUUGUACGGUACUGCUACCGGCACAACCCGGAUAUCCAGGCGGCGCCGACGCAGGUGCGGUGCGUAAGGCAGGAACAGCAGCGGCGGGAGGAGUGGCAGGCGCGCGUGGGGGAGCUAAGCAGCGAGGGUGAGCGGCAAGUGGUGCAGGAGGCGGUGCGGCUGUUUGACUCGAGCAACGACAAGUUGCGCAAGCUGAUGCUGGAGGGCAUGCUCCUCAAGAGCUGCUUCCCGCAGCUGUCGUUCAUCUCGACACAGCUACAGAAACUGAUCAAGAUAGACUUUAUAUCGGCGCUGCCGGAGGAGGUGGCGCUGAAGAUACUGGGGUACCUGGAUUGCCAGUCGCUGUGUUCAGCGGCUGCGGUAUGCCGGCGCUGGCAGGAACUGGCGGACGACGAUACCGUGUGGUACCACAUGUGCGAGCAACACAUAGACAGGAAGUGCCCGAAGUGCGGCUGGGGCUUGCCGCUGCUGCAUAUGAAGCGGGCGCGGUACAUCAAGUCGGACAAGGCGUCCGCAAGCAAGGGCGAGGGCGAGGACGCGCCGCAGUCCAGGAUGAGGCCAUGGAAGGUGGUUUAUAGAGAAAGGUUCAAGGUGGAAAGCAACUGGCGGAAAGGCAUAUAUAGAAUUCAGGAAUUCAAGGGGCACAUGGACGGCGUGCUCUCGCUGCAGCUCACGAACAAACUGCUUCUCACUGGGUCCUACGACUCCACGGUGGCCAUAUGGGACCUGGCCACGGGCAAGCUGAUCAGACGCCUCUCAGGGCACACAGACGGGGUCAAGGCCCUACGUUUCGACGACCAGAAGCUGAUCACAGGCUCGCUGGACAAGACGAUCCGCGUGUGGAAUUACGUCACCGGCGCCUGUGUCUCCACGUACCGGGGGCACCAAGACUCGGUCCUCAGUGUGGACUCGUUCCGCAAGCUCAUUGUCUCGGGCUCGGCAGACAAGACCGUCAAGGUCUGGCAUGUGGAGUCGCGCACUUGUUACACGCUGCGCGGCCACACCGGGUGGGUCAACUGCGUCAAGCUGCACCCCAAGAGUUUUACAUGCUUCAGCGGCAGCGACGACAUGACCAUACGCAUGUGGGACAUCCGCACCAACACCUGCGUGCGCGUCUUUCACGGGCACGUCGGCCAGGUCCAGAAGGUCAUUCCCCUCACCCUCGGCAGCGAUCUCAUCGAGGACCCGAAGGACGCCGUCGUCCCGCCGGACGCCACCGCCCCGGCGCACGACCCCAGCGUUCAGGCAGCCAACUUCGACCACUCGCUCCCCUACCCGACCCACCUGCUCAGCUGCUCGCUGGAUAACACGAUAAAGCUGUGGAACGUCAAGACCGGCGCCUGCAUCCGCACGCAGUUCGGUCAUGUCGAAGGCGUCUGGGACAUCGCGGCCGACAACUUCCGCAUUGUCAGCGGCUCACACGACCGCAGCUGCAAGGUUUGGGAUCUGCAGACGGGCAAGUGCAUGCACACUUUCGUGGGUAUUCAUGCCCCCGUCGCCUGCGUCGGCAUCGGCGACAGCGAAUUUGUGAGCGGCGACGAGCUCGGCUGCGUCAAACUCUACAACUUCGACACUACGUAG